GUGGCGGUGCAAAGACCUGCAGGAUCUGGAGGGUCGGCGCCCGUGAGGAUCCAGGAAGGAAGGAAGGAUCUUUCCGUCGUCGUGAGCAGUCCGCCCCUGAUUGGGGUCAAAGGUCCCGGGGGUCCAGUGACCAUGAGGCAGGCGGUGGAGGCUCAGGUGAUGAACCCUUCCUGCGAGCUAGGAGAGCACGGCCUGCGUCAGAUCCUGAGUGACGUGAUCCAGGAGGUGCAGCGCUCGGUGAACCGGGACAUCGACGGAGUGGAGAUCCUCCACAGCCUGCUCAACGCGUCCUGGCUGCAGUCGCUGCUCAAGGUUUACGAGUGUCUUCAAAGGUACCUGAGAGGAUCUCCAGCGCCAGCUCUGGACUACGCGUCGGGACUCUCGCUUCAGUUGCUGACGGACAUCAGAGCGUUGCCGGGCUGCUCUGAAGAAGCCAAAGAGCUCUACAGCCUGCUGAGGAAGCCCAACCUGCAGGCUCUGCUCUCGGCUCACGACACGGUGGCCCAGAAGGACUACGAGCCGGUGCUUCCACCGAUGGCGGACGGGCUGCCGGCCGACGAGGAGGCCACCAGGAUCAUCUGCCUGGUGAAGAACCAACAGCCACUGGGAGCCACUAUAAAGAGAAACGAGAUCACGGGGGAGAUUUUCAUCGCUCGGGUGAUUCAUGGAGGUCUGGCUGAUCGCAGCGGCCUGCUCCACGCAGGGGACAGGGUCAUAGAGGUGAACGGGUUUCCUGUGGACGGGUUGGAACCUGAGCAGGUCAUCCAAGUCGUGCAAGCGAGGUCGCAGGGUACCAUCAUGUUCAAGGUCAUUCCCAUCACCGAAAGGCCGGUGCACAACCAGACGAUGCUCUACGUGCGGGCCCUGGUGGACUACAGCCCCCAGCAGGACCCGGCCAUCCCCUGCGCGGACGCCGGAGUGAGCUUCAGGAAAGGCGACGUCCUGGAGAUCGUGGACCAGACGGACCCCCUGUGGUGGCAGGCCAGGAAGCUGCCCAGCAGCUCGGCCUGCGCGGGCCUCGUCCCCUCCGCCAGCCUGCUGAGACGGAAGCAGAGGGAGGUGUGGUGGUCUCAGCCGUAUCAUCCACAGGCCUCCGUGCAGACCUUGAGCACGGUGGAGGAAGAGGAGGACAUCGACGAGAAAUGCGUGGAAGCAGACGAGGAGGCCUUUGAAUCCGAGGAGCUCAGAGACGCAGAGGAUGACUGCUGCAGCAACCCUGAAGGCAUCUACUUGGCGGGCUUCAGGCGCAGCCUCCGGCUGUGUCGGCGGCGGUCCCACAGCACCCCCCAGCCCCUGUGCCACGCGCGCUGCUCCGACAGCCUCGCCGGCCCCUACGAGGAGGUGGUGCGCUACCAGCGCCACCCGCAGGACGCACACCGCCUCAUCGCCCUCUUAGGCCCCCCCGGUGUGGGUGUGAAUGAGCUUCGGAGGCGCUUGAUUGAAUUGAACCCAAACAUCUUCCUGGGAGCUGUGCCUCACACCACGAGAGCAGCCCGCGGCCACGAGGAGUCAGGCAGAGAAUAUCACUUCAUCAGCAGGGAAACCUUUGGCAACAUGGUGUCCAACAACAGGUUUCUGGAGUACGGGGAGUACAACGGGAAUCUGUACGGCACCAGCAUCGAGUCUGCCAGGGACGUCUUGCUCAGCGGGAAGAUCUGCGUCGUGGACAUCGAUCCGAGCGCCGUCCACGCCGUGAGGAGCCACGAGCUGAAGGCUUACAUCAUCUACGUGAAGCCGCCCACGCACGAUCGCCUCAAGGAGACCAGACAGGACUCGUACAUCACCACCAACUAUUACACCAACCGACCUUUCAAAGAGGAAGACUUCCAGGAGAUGGAAGAAGCCGCCCGGAUGAUGGAGUCUCACUACUCGCCGUUCUUUGACCAAGUGAUGGUGAACGACGGGCUGCAGGACUCCUGCGUCCAGCUGCUGACGGCGGUGAGGAAGGCGCAGGACGAGCCGCAGUGGGUCCCUGCCAGCUGGAUACGACCCACGACCACAUGAGGAAGAGAGGAAACUCAGCCUCCUGUUAUCAUGGCAGCAAUUGUUUUUGUUUUACACAAUUCUCACUGUGAAAUCUUAACAUGUCAAUCAAUUUGAAUGUUUUAAGGAGGUAGGGCAAGAAAGAAAUGGGAUUAUUUUCAUCUCGUAGGUAUUAUUAGAUACAUGAAGCUGUAAUAUUUUACUUAUUAUUAAUGUAGGGGAUCAUUCUUGCCCUGCUCCCUUCUUUUCAACACAGCCCUGCAACAAAGAACAUAUGUUUACAAAGUGAUGCUUUUUCAUGUUGAAUUCUUGUCUAUUUCUAUUUCUAUCUAUUUUGUAGUUUGCUCUAGCCUAAAAUGUUAUUGCAUAAAAAAGUAAUAAACCUUAA